AUGGUAAUGGUUUCUAUAUAUGUUGAAUAAGUUCCACCAUCUCUCAUCAUCAUAGUUUUUGAUACCUUCCUUGCUUCAUAUAAAAUUUUUUUUCCUGUCAGGAGACAUGGUAGCACUACUAAGUGGUAAAAUUAGUAUUGAAGUUGUGAUUCAAGUAGCGGCUUCAAAGUUCUUUAAUGUUUUGGCAAAGCAAUUCCACAAUGUUCCAAACAUUUGUGAAAGAAUUCAUGGAUCCAAGUUGCAUGAAGGUGAUGACUGGCACAGCACUGAUUCAGUUAAACAAUGGACUCUUCUCAUAGAUGGAAAAGUGAAAACAUUAAAGGAGAGAAUUGAAGCCAUUGAUGAAGAGAACAAAUCAAUCAUUUACCAAGUCUUUGAUGACGAUAUCAGUGAGCACUAUAAGGUCUUUAAGUUCAUCCUUCAAGUGAAUGAGAAGAAUGAUGAAUGUGCUUGUGUCAAAUGGAGUAUUGAAUAUGAGAAGAUCAAUGAGAAUGUUGAAACUCCAUAUGCAUACUUGGACUUCGAGGAGAAGAUUACUAAGGAUAUUGCUGAUCAUGUUCUCAAGGCAUAGCUCCAACAAUCUAUUUAUCGAAUUUUUAAUAAUUAAAUAUUUGAACGAUAAGGAUGUUCUCAUUCUUCUUAUGAAUGUGCUUUAUGUUAUUUGAUGAUUUCCUGUUGAAUGUAAUAACUUAAUAAGCAGUGAAUUUCUCUAUUGUAUUACCAGAUUAUAUUAUCUAG